CUUCACAUUCACAGCCAUCAUCCAUGCAGUGCUCCUCUUUCUCCCUCUCUCUCUCUCUCUGCAAAAAUACACAUUUUCUUUCUCAAACUCACACCUAAACCUCUAAAACCCUAGAGUCGCUUCUUCACUACGUUUCUCCUCUCGGCUGCGUACAUUUUCAGUUAGCCUCUUCGAAUUCCGGUAUUGACUAUUGGUGAAGAUGUCUAACUUAUCGGAAGGGGAUACUACUGAUCUAAGUGAUUCUGAGUUGGAAGAGUAUGCCGAUUCAUGCUUUCUCCAUUUGAAGGAAUCGAGCCACAUUAUCAGAGUGUCAGAUGAUGAAUACAAGUGCCCUUACUGCACUCACAAAAAACAGCAGAUAUUUCGCUUUAAGGAUCUACUGCAGCAUGCUGCUGGGAUAAGCCAGGGAUCAAGUAAGAGGAAAGCGAAAGACAGGGGAAGACAUUUAGGCCUUAAGAAAUAUAUGCUAGAAAUAAAUGCUGGAAAUAAUUCAUUAGCGAGUGAAGUGGAUAACAGAGCUCUUCAUGAGAGCUGUAACAAGAAUGAACUCUAUGUAUGUCCAUGGAUGGGAAUUGUGGCAAAUGUUCCCGUUCAGCGGAAAAAUGGGCGUAAUGUUGGACCGAGUGGCUCAAAACUUAGGGAUAUGCUAAGAAAUGAGGGGUUUAAUCCUGUGAGGGUAAUCCCUUUGUGGAAUUUUAAAGGUCACUCUGGGUAUGCAGUAAUAGAGUUUAAAUGUGAGUGGCUCGGACUCUAUGAUGCCUUAAGGUUCGAGAAGGCUUAUGAGGCUCGCCAUCAAGGAAAGAGGGACUAUUUUUGGGAUGAAGAGAAUGUGGACAAGCUAUAUGGUUGGGUGGCUCGGGAGGGUGAUUUCCACACAGGCAAUGUUGUUGGUGACUAUCUACAGAAGCAUGGAGAUCUGAAGUCAAUAGCACAGCGUCAAAAUGAGGAGAAGAUUAAAAAUAGCAAACUACUCUCUCAAUUGGAAAAUACAUUAGAUGCACAAAAUAGGAACCUGAAAGAAAUGGAAAACAAAUGCAAAGAAACUUCCAUAUCCCUUAUCAAUGUGAUCGGCGAAAAGGAUAAGAUGAUCCAAGCUUUCAAUGAAGAAAGAAGAAAACUGCAGGAAAGUGCAAGUGGUCAACUACAUAAAGUUCUCCAAGAACGUGAUAGAAUCAACAUGCAAUUGGAAGUUCAGAGGAAGAAGCUGGAGGAAGAGGAGCAAGAGUUGAAGGAACGUGAAGCUCAAAAUGAGAAUGAGAAUUUACGGCUCAACCAUGAGAAGAAACAGAAUGAAAUGGCAAUCUUGAAAUUAAAGAGGGCAGAUGAAAAGAUGUUACUCUUGGCAGAAGAACAUAAGAAAGAGAAAGAGAAACUUCAGAGAAAAAUGAUCGACUUAGAAAGGGAACUUGACGAAAAGCAAGCACUGGAGUUGGAGAUACGACGUCUCGCAGGGAGUCUGCAAGUAGUAAAGCACAUGGGAGAUGAUGGUGACAAGGACAUGUCAGAAAAGUUUAGUGCCAUACAGAAAGAACUAGAAGAGAAGGAAGAAGAACUUCAAGAUCUUGAUCAACUCAGUCAAGCUCUUAUUGUUAAAGAACGGAAAUGCAAUGAUGAAUUGCAAGAAGCUCGGAAGGAACUAAUAAAUGAAAUGAAGGACCAGUCUGCUCGGGCAAUGAUUGGGAUCAAGAGAAUGGGGGGGUUAAGCAGUAAAGACUUUUUACCAGCAGCUAAAAGGAUGUAUUCGAAUAGCAAGACUGAGCUCAGAGCUGUUGAGCUAUGUACACAAUGGGAGAGUCGCAUAAUGGAUUCUAAUUGGCACCCUCUCAAGAUCAUCCAAACUGAAGGUGGUAAAAGUGUAAAGGCAAUACUAAAUGAAGAAGAUGAGGAACUGACGCAGCUGAGGAUUAAGUUAGGCGAAGAAGCCUACCAAGCAGUUACAACAGCUUUGAUGGAGAUGAACGAGUAUAAUCCAAGUGGUAGGUAUGUAACCAGCGAGCUGUGGCAUAACAAAGAGCAGAGAAGAGCAACCCUGAAAGAAGGAAUAGUAUAUAUCAUCAAGCAAUGGAGCACGCUCAAAAGCAAGAGACGCUAGGGACUAGUUCUUUUACAAGUAUAUGUAUCCAAGCAUCACAAAACCUCAGUGUUCUUGUUCUGCUUUUUGUUUUUUGCGUUCUGCUGGAACUAGAAUUUUGACACACUAUUUUGGCAAAGAAUCAUGAGCAUCAGUAUUA